AUGUCCCCCACACCCUCUACUAACAGCGAUAUUGUGGCCAGUGUAUUCUCCGAGUCGCUCCCAUCUGCUGGCACCAAUGACGGUGUCGAACCGUCUGACCUCCCCACUGCGAGACAGCGCCGUGCCACGAUGGAUUUCAUCAAUCGCCUUCGCAACACAGGAACUUGGCCGCACUCCAAACUUUCCCACAAUGUUCACGACUACGUUAAAAGCUCAAUUCGCCAAUCAGGUUUCCCAACGACGAUGUCCUCCACACCCUCUACUAACAGCGUAUUCCCAGACUCACUCUCAUCUGCUGGCACCAAUGGCGGCGUCGGACUGUCUGACCCCGCCACUGCGAGCCAGCGGCGUGCCAUGCUGGACCUUAUCAGCCGCCUUCGUAACACAGGGGUUCAGAGGGAUAUUGACCUCCCUAUGAUCGCUGUCAUUGGCAAUCAGAGUGCGGGAAAAUCAUCCCUCAUCGAAUCAAUUUCUGGCAUCACCCUUCCUCGUUCUCAGGGCACUUGUACAAGGUGCCCUACGGAGUGUAAGCUUACGCGAGCAGACACACGAUGGACCUGCGUCAUCAAACUUCAUUUCAUUACCGACGAAUAUGGAUUACCCAUUAAACCCAAGAUCAUACCGUUUGGUGACCCCAUCUCCGAUAAGGCUCACGUAGAAGAGCGAAUUCGCCGGGCACAGAGCGCGAUUUUGAACCCGAACACCGACCAUGAAAAAUUUCUCGAAGGUGUCAAGGUUCCAGCAGAAGAAAAUGAAACAUCAUUUUCACGAAACUACGUCUCCCUGGAGAUCAGUGGUCGAGAGCUCGCUGACUUGUCGUUUGUCGAUUUGCCUGGGCUUAUCGCGAGCGUUGGACGUACAGGUAGUGCUAACGACAUCGACUUACGGAUUUUGAGAAUCAAGGGGCGCAUCACCUUGCGAAGCAAUAUGAUCCUGAAGGGGAAGCGUACAGUGGGUGUCCUCACGAAACCAGAUCGCAUUCCCCUUGGCGAAGAAGAAUCAUGGAUCCGCCUCAUCCAAAACGAAGUCGAACCACUUGAAAACAACUGGUAUUGUGUCAAGCAGCCUAGCUCGCACGAUAUUUCCCAGGGUAUAACCUGGCUUGGCGCUCGGAAUAUGGAGAGAGACUUCUUUGCAACAACAAAACCGUGGUCCAGUCGCGAUUCGCAUCUACAUCAGUUCCUUGGCACCAGCAGACUUACAGAGCGGCUCAGUGCAAUCCUCGCAGAGUUAAUCGCCAGAAGACUCCCUGAGAUCCAAGAAGAACUACAGGAGGUAAUACUACAAGUGCAGAGUGAACUUGGAGAAUUGCCGCCAGAGCCGUCAAGUAACCCCGUGGGCGAAAUCCAUCGUGUCCUGAACGGGUUCACCAAGGAGGUUUCAGAGUGUCUCAAAGGCACCCCCGACGAAAAUGGAGUUGUGCAAACAAUCCGAACUCAUUUUGAAAACUUCAAACGAGAAAUUUAUUCCACGGCUCCCAGUUUCAUGCCAUGGGAGCGGAAAGAUGCUCACCGGCACCCUAGAUUGCCCGUCAUCAAGUUUCUGUCAAAUGAGGAAAAUGUUGGCCGAGGGGAUGAAAGUGACGAUGAUGAGCAUGGUCCACUACCUGCCACUCUGUGUAGCAUCGCCAUAUAUAUCGACGAGGUCAUGCAAAGUGCCAAGAAUGGCCGUACACGUGAACUGCCCGAUUAUUAUCCCUUCGUUGUUCAAGAAACCUACAUCUCGAUGAUAGUGAAGAAAUGGCAAGAGCCUGCCAUCGACCUUUUCGACAUUGUAAAUAGCAUUAUCAGGGAACGUGUCGGGAAAAUAGUGGAUGACCAUUUCGCACAUUUGGGGAAGGGUGGCGUCAAGCAAGCUGUGCUGCUUCACGCACUGAGCCCUCCAAGGAUGGUCGUUUACGACCAUCUUGACCUGGCUGCGGCUCGUGCGAAGGAGAAAAUUGAUUGUUCCUCGCGUACUACAGAGGCUGCAGAGGACAAUAACUAUGAUCUCAUGUCCAACAUUCGAAAACUGGCAACCGACCGGAAUAGAGUGGAGACCGUGAACAAGGCACUCUCUUCGCUGACAGAGCUCGGAAUCUCAACGCAAGUCGAUGAUCUGACGAGAUUGCUACCUUCUGAUCCGUUAGAGGUGGCGCUGGGAAUAAUGGCAAGCGUCCAAGGAUAUUUUCAAGUUGCAUACAAACGUUUCAUUGACAUGGUGCCCUUAGCAAUCGACUAUGAAAUGGUCCGAGGACUGGAACGCGGCCUUCACGAGGCUCUCCUGGAUGGGUUGCAAGUCACAGGUGCUGAUGCACAUGGACGCUGCGCUGCGAUGCUUCAAGAACCUGCGGCUAUUGCAUCGAAGAGACAGGAACUGACAAAGAAGUUGGAGAGACUGCGUGCGGCACGCUACUGA